UAAGUGGGUGUGUAUUUUAUUUGAAAUGUGUUGUUUACUGUCAACAAAAUGAAUCAUAACUCAUAGAAAUUACCUUUAUUAAAUGGCUCAAUUUCCCCCCAAAGCACUGCAGCUGUUAACUGUUUGUUUGUUUUGUUUUUUUGUUUUUUCAUCUGUAAACUCAUAGGAAGACUUUGCUAUUUAUACAUAACAUUCUGUCGAAAAUGAGCUACAGUUAGCUUCGUAAGUACAUAGUUUGAACACCAGUUUGAUUUAUAUACCAUGGGGAGCACGAAAAACAAUAUUCAGAAAAUGUAUAAAAGCAGAGAUAUAUUUUUUUUAAAUGACGCCAAGAAUAAACAUUGAUAAAUAGUGUUGCAUUAUCAGAUACACAGAAAAAGGCACAUUGUAGCGACUUUGUAAAUGUUCCCAAAACAGAAUUCCUCCAGCAUUCCUCAGGUUGCGCUCCAGAAAUAAUAUUCACUCAAUCAACUUCCUGGUCUUGAAAAAUAGAAAAUCUGCCACAGGGCCAUAGCAAGAAAACCGAAGAUGGAGAUAAUGUUGAAGAGCAGCAAUCGUGUAUGGGUGGACUCUGUUUGAGAAAGAAAAACGCAGUUAAAUAAAGUCAAAUUUGGCAAAUCUUCAGUCAAAUGGAUAGCUUGAGACAAAACAAACAAUUAAUCACACAGAGAAUAAAACUGCUGCAACCCAGUUUCAAACCCUCGAGCUUCACCCCAAACCGAGGGUAAUUUCCAUCUGCUGUUCAAGGCAAAGCACACAUUGAAGUAGCCAAAGCAGGAAACUUAAACCCACAGAGAGCGUUGGGAACUUACCUAUACACUAAACAUAUUGCUCUCUUAACUUACUGUUUGUUUGUCGCAUUUCUUUCCCUCGUUUCUUCAAGUACUCAAAGUCAUCUGCGAUGGACUGAGAGAGGUGCUCAAGAUAUUUUAGCGGGGGUCAGUUUCUCCACUGGUUUAAUCUAACAGAGAGGUUACAAUGGUUAUAUGUUUGAGGUUACAACAUUUUACAUGUAUGUAUCAGUAGUGUCAUGAUAUCUGACAUUAAAGUAUUAACAUGGUCUCUCACCUCUUCCUCAGUCUUCACUCCCACGCCAUGCUUUAUGUUCAGUUUGACCAGUUGGUCUGAAACCGUUCAACUACCUAAAGUCAAGCAUUAAUGGCAUAUUGUGUUAUUUGUCAGAAAAUAAUUUGGAUUUUGCAUCACUUGAGUCACCCCAAUCAAGCAUUAUUGGCUUCCAUUGUGGAUCACAAAUAACUUAUAAAGCAUUUGUCCAUUUGAGUUGGAAUAUUCCCUCUCCCGCUCUAAUUAGUGGACAACUUUCUGUAUUUCUUUCAUACUAUUUUAAAUCAUAUAUUUUUACAACACCUCACUCACCCAUUGAAGAUGUGCUAUCGAAGCAAACCUCAAAGUGGUCAUGAUUUUCUCUUAUGAAUGAAAAUGUCCCCUUUGUGGCAUUCUCCUUGCUGUACAACGUGUCACCAUAAUAAUCGGUGAUCUGAGGAAAAUGUAGUUGUAUUUUUAAACUUGUAUUUUUGAUAUACUUUUAAAGUUGUUUAAUAAAAUAAAAAACAAGACAAAAACAGUCAAAGUUUGCCAUAUGUUACACCUGGUGUGACAUGUUCACAUACCUUCAAAUUAGUAAUAGUUUUAGGAAGUUCGCUGACUUCGUAUAUUCGCCUGAGACCAGCACAUCUUUUUGGAUAUCUUCUUGUAGACAUUUCCUAAAAUUGGUCGGCAGUUAGAAUGUGAUAGAAAACACUCGGUGCAAAAGGACAGGUGUCAGCAGGAUAACGCAAAGUCUAGACAUGCUGCUUUAUUGUGAUGAGAGUGAACGAUGAUGCUGCUGCUGCUGCUGCUGUCAAAUUCAGCCCCCCCCUCCCUCCCUCCCUCCCUCCCUUGAGUUCCGGGUCAUGCCACGUGACUUCUCCGCCCCCACAUGUCCAACCUCUCCUCUUCACCACCUCCUCCCCAAGUAAACAGUUGAGCAUCAUUUCAUUAUGACUCUGAUCUUUGGAAAGCCAGCCCCGAAGUACUAAGUUUAUCCAGAGCUCCGUCUAAAAUACGUUUGGUAUGUUGUUGAAAAUGAAAUAGAGAAAGGAAAUGUAGUUAGUCUGUUAAAUGAGAAAAAUUAACAGACUAAAAAAAGUAGUACAAAUGAUAGUCGACAUUCAAUAUGUUUGUAAUGAUCGUGAAAAUGCUUCGCGUCGACCUUGAAAUGAAACUAUGUUUUACAAGAUAAAACGAAAUCAGUGGAUGCUGUUUGACUUUUUAUUAAAUGCUUUAGUAUCUUUCACUUUUGAUUAAAUGAAUGCACCAGGACAUUAAGUUUUCAUCAGCCUGAAAAAUGGUAACAAGGGCUAUGCCAAUUUAUAAAUAGACUCACGUUUCUCACCCCACAUUGCAUUCAUAAGCGGCCGAUAUUUGUGAAUGGGAGUGGAAACAGAUAUUUGGCUUUCGUGUUUUGACGAGGUUAUUUCUGAAUCUGAGGAAUAAUUGAAACUUAGCAUACAUGGAGUAAAUAUAUAAAAGAAUAAUGUUUUUAAACAACGUUAUUUUACCCCGAAAUAUAGACCUGCGUGGCUGUCAGUGUGACCACCCUCCCCCUCAGCACGAUGGUACAGUCUUGGUUCAUUCAUAAAAUUCUAGCAGAGCAUAAAAGGAGGGGCUUGCAUUCUAGUCGUCCAGAUACCAGGUAUAUACCUGGAGAAAAGACUCGCGCCGCUCUGCCCAGCCGGAAGGCCAGAGUCAUAUCUGUCAUUGAUCCGGACUUGUGUUUUUUUUUCCUCGUGGUGUAUCAUAACAACCUGCCAUGGAUUCAGCCUCCCCCACCUGCCGGACAGAGUCUCCUGUCGGGACGCUCUUCCAGAAGACGCCCGAAGAGGCGAGCUCUCCAGCCUCCUCCUGCUCAGAGAGCAGUGCAAAGGAUCUCUACCAAGACAUGAUUGUUGAAGACACUCCAUUUGUUCCAACAGUCACUGCAAUAUCCUCUACCCCUGAUUUCCAGUGGAUGGUCCAGCCUACGAUCAUUACAUCUGUCUCCCCGACUGGGAGGCAGCAAGCCAAUGAAGCACAAAGCUCUCACCAGGCAACACCCAAAGAGGGUGGGAAUAAGGGAAAAAAUGGUGCCAGAAAGGGGAAAACGGAGCAGCUGACUCCAGAGGAGGAAGAGAAAAAAAAGAUAAGGAGGGAGAGGAAUAAAAUGGCUGCAGCAAAGUGUCGCAACAGACGGAGGGAACUCACAGAUACGCUGCAAAUUGAGACAGACGAGCUGGAGGAGGAAAGAGCAACCCUGGAGACGGAGAUAGCCAACCUCCUCAAAGAGAAAGAACGUCUUGAGUUUAUCCUCGCCACACACAAACCAAUGUGCCAGAUGUCAGAGGAGUUGGAGUGUAUUUUCCAGGAGCCAGCAGAGUCCCCAGAACUAUCGGCCAUUCCAGAUGAGGACAGACUUCCAGAAGAUGGCACCCAGGAAGCUCCUUCGCUCCAGGACAUGGACAUCCCCAGUGAUCCGUCCACAGCCAUCUCUGGAAACUCCAACAUUUUGCUGUGUGAAAUCAACAUCUGCGAUCUCGAGCCCUCUCUGGACAUUAAAGAGGGGCUCCUGGAGAACAUGUUACCCAGUUUCGAGGAGAGAACCCCCAUGGAGACGGCUCGAUCGGUGCCAGACAUCGAUCUGAGCAGUUCUCUCGGGGUCUCGGACUGGGAGACUCUGUACAAGUCUGUUUCCAGCGACCUGGAGCCUCUCAGCACCCCCAUUGUGACCUCCACCCCCACCUGCAGCAGCUACCUGUCUGUGUUCACAUUCGCUUGUCCCGAGCUGGACUCUCUCACAGAGGGGCUAGGCAGUCAUAGAGGCGGAGGAGGCAAGGCUGAUUCUGUGGAUCUCCUCAACUCCCCUACCCUCCUCGCCUUAUAAUGCACAGAGGGAAGUGAUCUGUGUGAUCUCUCUGUUCUUUCUUCUGUUUGCAGGUUCCUGACUUUAAAAUAAUAUGAACAACAUAUGCCACAGUGUGCUGUAAUACUUCGAGGAAUACAUUCAUGAAAUGUCUUGUGUUCGACUAAGCAAACAUGUAAGCUUUUUUCCAGAUGCAUAACCAACAGAGUGAUGUAGCGAAAAGCAUGGCUUUUACUUUUAAAGCAGGGACUGAAGUCAGUUUUGAUUUUAAAAAACGCAUGCUGAGAAAUUCCAAAUAUUUUAAAAGCGUAUAUAUAUCUGAUCUGUUACUAGAUCCAAGAUGUAAUGUGGAAUUUAAUGUAUCAGUAUGGUUUUGUGUUUUGGUGUGAACAGUGUAUUGAUUGCUGUAAAUGUUGUAUUAACAUAUUCAUCCAUGUUAAGUACCUGCAUACCUCAACAUCAUCCACUGUGGUUUGACCUCAUUGAAAGUUUUCCAUGAAAACAUCCAGUGCUAUACUAUAUAUCUUAUCAAGAUGUAAUUUAUGAUUUAUUUUUUUACCUUUCAGACUUUUUGGUUAAAUUUAAGUAAGAAUGAGCAUUGAUUGCUUAUCUAUGCUGCUGAAUAAUUACAAUAAAUCUAUAUUCAGAGUGGUAUUGGCUGCUGGUGUUUGCAAUCUGUCCCUAAACAAUCCAUGACUUAAUCAAGCUGUUGAAUGCUAAAAUA